CAAAAAUCCAUCAAUCUCCGGCCAUUUUGCGGCCAUCGCCGGCCGUCCACGUCAUAAAAAUUGAAGCUUUACUGCAUUUUUUAGGAACAAGUCCAGGUUCAUUGUACUUUAAUAGACCAACCAUAAAAGCUCAGAGAUAAUAUAUCAGGUAAAUUUAGACUCUUUGGGUCAAAAAUGUCGACUUUGGAGGAUUCGCUGGUCAGCUCCAAGCUCUCUCCGGCCAAUACUUAUGGAGCGGUGGUUCUCGGCGGCACAUUUGACCGAUUGCACGACGGCCACCGCCUCUUUCUCAAGGCGGCGGCGGAGCUUGCACGGGAACGGAUUGUGAUCGGAAUUUGCGUCGGACCCAUGUUGGCAAAGAAACAGUUUGCUGAUAUGAUUCAACCCAUUGAGGAAAGAAAGCAUAAUGUUGAAACUUACAUCAAGUCUAUCAAGCCGGAGCUGGUAGUGCAAGUUGAGCCUAUUACGGACCCUUAUGGCCCCUCAAUAGUCGAUAAAGAUUUGGAUGCAAUUGUUGUCAGCAAGGAGACCUUACCAGGUGGUCUGUCUGUUAAUAAGAAGAGAGUUGACAGAGGCCUUUCGCAACUGAAGGUUGAAGUUGUAGAUCUCGUUUCUGAAGGUACUGGUGGAGACAAGCUUAGCUCAACAACAAUAAGGAAGCUCGAGGCAGCAGAGAAGGCCAAAAAUGAACAGCUUUAUGAUAAACCUACUGGAAACAAAACACUUCUUUCUUCACUUCUUUCAUGGCGGUUUUCUUUGAAUUCCAGAUCUCUUGGAGCAUUUCAGAAGCGGAAAUACGUGUGUGUUCUUGUGAAUCCAGAGCACCAAAAAGAGAAAGUUAGAGAAGAAAGAUUCUAUUUUUCAUUCAAUAAGGGUGGGUUUUUGCAGAUUCUUGCAAAAAUGAAUGAUUUGAUGACCAAAUCGUUCCUAAGUUAUGUGGACCUGAAGAAGCAGGCCCAGAUGGACAUGGAAGCUGAGCUUGACGUUGAAGCAGGCCUAGGAGGACAGCUCAAUCCCAAAGACCAAGAAAACCUCUCUCAGUUCUUUCAUGAAGUAUCAGCAAUCAAGGCUGAUAUGGAAGAGAUAACCCUUCUCUUGUUUGACCUUCAAAGCCUGAAUGAAGAGGCCAAAUCCACUCACAGUUCCAAGAUUCUCAGAGGGCUAAGGGACAGAAUGGAGUCUGAUAUGUCUGCAGUGCUUCGAAAGGCCAGGGUUGUUAAAGCCAGGCUUGAGUCACUUGAUCAGUCCAAUGUGAUUAGUAGAAAAAUGUCUGUGGAUUAUAGGGAAGGGAGCACUGUGGACAGGACUAGGAUGUCUAUUACGGCUGGCUUGCGAGUCAAGUUAAGGGAUUUGAUGUGUGAUUUCCAGUCUUUGAGGGAGAAGAUUUUGUCUGAUCACAAGGAGGAUCUCAAGAGGAGGUACUACAGUGCUGUGGGGGAAAUGCCGACUGAGGAGGAGCUUGAAAAGAUGAUUUCCGGGAGUGGGAAGAUUGCAAUGUUCGAGGGGAAGAGUGAGUUGGAAAUCGAGAAUAAGGUCAGGCAUGAGGCAGUGAUGGACAUUCAGAGGAGCUUGACUAAGCUGCAUCAGGUGUUUCUUGACAUGGCUGUGCUGGUUGAGGCACAAGGUGAACAGAUUGACAAUAUUGAAGAGAAUGUGGCAAUUGGGGGACAGUAUAUCAGUGGUGGCACAAAUAGUCUUCACUAUGCUAAGCAGAUGAAGAAGAAGAAUAACAAAUGGGUGCUUUGGCUUUGUGCUGUGGUGGUGAUUAUAUUUCUGGUGUGCUUAAUUUCAAUGCUGGCUUCUUGA